AUGUUCCAGAACUUCUCCUUCGAUCAAGCCUCGCAAUACCCAUCUCACGUGGGCGUUGAAUCUGAGGCUAACGAUACUUCACCAGCACUAUCCCCAACAUCAAUACCAUCACAGAACUUCGACAUGCCACUUGCCACUACCAGGGCGACAGUCAGAAAUCCCUUGGUCGACUUACAAGAGCGUCUGCACAGUUGUCAUAUCACGGACCAGGCAAUGCCAUCCUCUUAUUUCGAUUGUCUUCGAUCUUCACAGCCGGAGAUGGAUAAUUCCAUCGCCGAUUUGAAAUUUUGUGGAACAAGACACACGAGUAGUGGUUCUACUGCACACUGUAUCCACGACCGCAGGCUCCAACGGCAAAGGGACUCACGCUUGCAAUGCACUCCUGCACAUUUAUCCAAAUUGUCGGCCUUGCUUGACGAUAUGGUCUCACAGGGCGAGCAGUGCUAUUGUUUACGACCUGCUUCAAUAUCUACAUUUUCCACACCUUCUUACGCCUCAUCUGAGGCUAGCGAAUCCGAUAACACUUCCCAAUCUGAGCAGGAUGAGAAAGAAAAGGAGUCACCUACCUCAAGCACGCACCGAGCUCAACUAUCCAAUUGCCCAAAGAGGCAAGACGCAACCCAUGUCCCAGCACCCGCUCGCUGCGGCGUCAACUCCGCGCUUUCUCCGGGCGCCGCAGGAUCGCCGCCCAAGCCUCGAGGGCUGGGACGCUAG